CCUCUCUAACGCGGAUGCGAAUUCACCUCCUCAAGGCCAGGGUUGAAACCUUACACAAUUCGUCAUUCACAUAAUAACGUUUAGUUACGUGACAGUCGUGUGUGUGCCUGCUCAAUCCGGACAACAGCAGCCGAGUUUCAGCCAUGAAUCCUGAUCUCCGCAAAGAGAGAGCAAAUGCUACGUUCGAGCCGGAAAUUCUGACGAACAUACUGGACGGAGGUGCCGAGAAGACCCGCAGGAGGCGAGAAAUAGAAUCUCUGGUCAUAAACGAUCCUGACUUCCAGCAUGAGGACCUCAACUUCAUGUCCCGCAGUGAGCGCUAUGACGAGUCUGUGAAGAAGAGCAUCCAGAUGUUUUCGAAGCUCAGGGAUUAUGGCAUCGCUGAUCCAGAGGAGAUAAACUUAUAUAAGAGAUCCGUACAGAAUGGACGCACCGGGCCUCUGGACCUGCACCUCGGGAUGUUUCUGCCAACGCUGCUGAACCAGGCCUCGCCGAAUCAGCUGGACACCCUCUUCACGCCCGCCUGGAACCUGGAGAUAGUUGGCACCUAUGCACAGACAGAGCUCGGGCACGGAACACACAUACGUGGACUCGAGACCACCGCGACCUAUGACCCUUCUACACAGGAGUUCGUCCUGAACAGCCCGACAGUCACUUCUAUCAAGUGGUGGCCAGGAGGACUGGGUAAGACGUCCAAUCACGCCAUUGUGUUGGCUCAGCUCUACACGCAGGGCAAGUGUUUCGGCCUCCAUGCCUUCAUCGUCCCUAUACGCUGUAUGAAAACCCACCAGCCACUUCCAGGUGUGGUGGUCGGUGACAUCGGCCCCAAAUUCGGCUUCGAGGAGGUGGAUAAUGGCUAUCUGAAGCUGGACAACAUUCGUAUCCCACGUGAGAAUAUGCUGAUGAAGUACGCCAAGGUUCAACCAGACGGCACAUAUGUGAAGCCCCCCAGUGAUAAGCUGACGUAUGGCACCAUGGUGUUCAUCCGCGCUAUGAUUGUAGGAGAGUCAGCUAUCGCUCUGUCCAAAUCCUGCACCAUCGCCAUCCGUUACAGCGCUGUCCGUCAUCAGUCUGAACUACGAGCUGGAGAGCCUGAGCCGCAGAUCUUGGACUACCAAGCGCAGCAGCAUAAACUCUUCCCGCUGUUGGCCACAGCCUAUGCCUUCACCUUCGUGGGCCAGUACAUGAAGAACACCUACAAUCGCAUCUCUGGAGACAUCAACCAGGGAGACUUCAGCGAGCUGCCCGAGCUCCAUGCUCUAGCUGCAGGUUUGAAAGCGUUCACCACCUGGUCUACGAAUGCAGGGGUCGAAGUGUGUCGGAUGGCAUGUGGGGGACACGGUUACUCUAGAAGCAGCGGCCUGCCGGACAUCUAUGUCACCUUUACGCCCAUGUGCACCUACGAGGGCGAGAACACGGUCAUGAUGCUCCAGACGGCUCGAUACCUGGUGAAGAGCUAUCGACAAGUGCGUGAUGGUAAGAAGCUCAGUGGCAUCGUCUCCUAUUUGAACGAUUCUCACCCACGUCUGCAGCCUCAAACUACAGGCUCCAGACCCACGGUCACCAACAUCAAUGACCUGCAGAGCCUCGUGGAGGCCUACAAACUCCGUGCUACCAAACUAGUGGAAACAGCAGCAAAGAGCCUGCAGACAGAGCUCCAGCGCAACAAGAGCCAAGAGGACGCCUGGAACAACAGCUCCUUAGAGCUCAUCCGAGCCUCUGAUGCUCACUGUCACUACGUAGUGGUGAAGCUGUUCGCUGCCAAGCUGAGCGAGAUCAGUCACACGGCCGUAUACUCCGUCCUCAGCGCCCUCGCUCUACUCUACACCCUGCACGGUGUCGCCAACAACUCGGGAGACUUCUUGCAGGCUGGCCUGCUAACUGUUCCACAGCUGGCUCAGGUCACUCAGAGGAUAAAGGCCCUGAUGGCCGAGAUCCGUCCGAACGCUGUGGCUCUGGUGGAUGCCUUUGACUACCGUGACGAGAUGCUGAGCUCGGUGCUCGGCCGCUACGACGGGAACGUCUAUGAGAGCAUGUUCGAGUGGGCCAAAAGCUCUCCUCUCAACCGUACAGAGGUCCAUGAAUCAUACUACAAGUACAUGAAGCCCAUGCAAUCCAAGCUGUGAGUGUGAAGCUGGGAGAUCUCUUCAACUAACAUAGUAUAAUGGCACUAAUUCCUAGAUGGAGGAGAAUUUUUUUUUAAUGACGUGUAAUUGAUCUGAACAGAUCGCCUGCACUUAUGAAUCUGUGCCCAUAUAAAGUGCUGGUCUUGGAGCAGAAUUUCAGUAAAUGCGUUAAUCCAACUUAAAAGUGAGGAAGUCUGACAUGGCUCGGGGAUAUUCCUAGAAUGUAAAUUCACUACAGUAGAAAUAUAACCGGUUCUCCUCUUACUACCAUGUUUUAUCUUUUUAAAUGUUAGGAAAUAUGCUAAUACAUGAUAAAUAUGGGUCUGGAUAGAUCAGUGGUUCUUUGAAGUGUCCGCUGUCCUGCACAUUUUAUUGCUUCCCCUGCUCCAUCACACCUACUUCAAUUUAAAUAAUUAAAGGAAUUGAAUUAAUUCAAUUCAAAAAUAAAGUAAAUGAAAUAAGCUUCUUAAUUAGUGUAAAUCAGGUGCCCUGGGAGUUAAAGAACCACUAUAGUGUGCAGGGCAGGGGUUCCUCCAGGACCAACUUUAAGCAACACCGGGAUAGACACACUGUACUGUACAUGGUCCGACAUGGAAGAGAAAUACUGCACUCAGGAGACGCUGUUCAUUUCCUUAAUUAAACCAGCAUUAUGAAUUUCAACCCCUGAUUAGAUUUUAAGACUUCUAUACUUUUUUGUUAUUAGCAUCAAUGAUAUAAGUAAAUGGUGGUGGUUAUUAUAUUUGUAAAAUUCCAAUUUUUACACAUCCUUAUUUCUACGUGUGUAGUACUGAAAUAUUUGAAUACUAGACUUAAUGCUGUCUCAGAAUCUGUACAAAUGUAAAAUGCUGCCUGGUACAUAAAAGCACCUUAUUCAACAAAGCCACUUGUGUAAUAAUAUUUUCCAAUGAUUGGACAAAAUUAAGGUGGAUGUGUCUUGAUUAUCCCUAUUUCUAAAAAUUCAAAUUUUUAAUUUUAUGGACAUUUGAGUGACUGUUGAAGGCACAGCUUGUACUUUAGUCACUGUGUGAUAUCCUGCCUUAUUAUGUUCACAUGGUAGUUUUACACGUGGUAGUCAUUGCUUUUCCAUCUUUUGUUCUACGGGAAGCUUUUUUUCGUGUUAAGUAAGCGGCUUUGUUCUGCUCACUUUCUGAGUUUUUGUUUUUCUUUCUGAGUUCAGUUUGAUUUAUACUGGAACGAAUUGAGAGUAAAACUGUAAUCGAACUUUGGAGGGUUUUUUUGAUAGAUGGUGUCUAGGUUGAUCAUUGAUCAUGUCAAAUAAAAUAAUCCCAAUUAAGCCUCUUUGUUAUUAAUUAUUACUGCUCACAGUGUUUAAAAAAAUCAGCAAUAAAGACAAACUCUUCCAGUAGGUGUCAGUGUUGGAGGAAAUGAUCUGCUUUCAUGGAAUGUUUUUUUUUAGUCUGAUUGGAAUUAUCCUGAUUAGAGAAUCCAACUUUACACAGACACAAAUUUUAUAAGAUGUGGGUUUACAUAAAUCAUUGAAUCAGAAUGAAACUUCUUUUUAGUUAUUCUGCUCGUGUUGAAGCAUGUAAUCUUUUGGAAAUAUUACACCAGAGGGAAAGUAAUGUAGUAGUAUUUUUCACCAGCUUGAAGGUUAGGUAAGGCUUGCCAAUUUUUCCAAUAAAUCCUGCCUUCUGCGUUAU